UGGCGCCGCGAUGCCGGGAGGAGCGAUGCAGGCGGUGCGGGAGAGUGUGCGGCGGGUGGCGGCCGAGGCGCGGGAACUGUACUUGAACAAUUCGGUACCUUACUUGGAUCAGCCUCCUACCCCGUUGGAAUUCCAGCGAAGUUGGCUGUGUCCCAACAAACCCUUCAUAGUGCAAAAUGCCAUCAGUCAUUGGCCAGCCAUCUCCAAAUGGACAUUCUCCUACCUCAGAGAAAGGGUUGGAGAGCAGAGAGUGAGCGUGGCAGUGACUCCCAAUGGUUACGCUGAUGCCGUGUACCAGGACCGGUUCGUGAUGCCUGAGGAACGGCAGAUGCCGUUUGGGGAAUUCCUGGACGUCGUCGAGAAGAAGCGGGCAGCGCGUGGCGUGUUCUAUGUACAGAAGCAAUGCUCAAAUCUGACAGAGGAAUUCCCUCAGCUCCUGAAGGACGUAGACUCCCACAUCCCGUGGAUGACGGAGGCACUAGGGAAGAGCCCUGAUGCAGUAAAUUUCUGGCUGGGGGAAUCAGCUGCGGUAACCUCCUUGCAUAAAGAUCACUACGAGAACCUAUACUGUGUGAUUUCUGGAGAGAAGCAUUUUAUCCUCCUUCCGCCCACUGACAGACCUUUUAUCCCUUACGAACUCUUCCAACCUGCAACGUACAAGGUUAAUGAAGAUGGUUCCUUCGAUGUGAUAGAUGUGCAGAAUGCAGAGAAGGUACCUUGGAUUCCUCUGGACCCUUUGAACCCUGACCUCAGUCGUUUCCCUCAGUACUCCCACGCAAGACCUCUCCACUGCACGGUGAGAGCAGGCGAGAUGCUAUAUCUCCCCUCAUUGUGGUUCCACCAUGUUCGCCAAUCACAUGGCUGUAUUGCAGUGAAUUUCUGGUAUGACAUGGAGUAUGACAUCAAGUACAAUUAUUUCCAGUUCCUGGACUCAGUAACAAAAGCAAUGAAUGCAGUGUGAUCUACCCAGGCAAAAGUCCACAUCAAAGCAGACACACUCACUCAGACGAAUAUCAACUGCUGCUGAGGAACCAUCAACUCGGUGAAAGACACCCUCUGGUCUGCCUGAAACUCGCUCGUACUCCAGCGCCAUGACCACAUUUGGUAAACUGGCCAGGACCAUUGCUGAAGGACAUGAGAAAGCUGAGUGCAGCCACUGCAAGGACUCUAUGGGAAAGGGCAACAGUUGAUGGCCCUUCUGCCAUUACCCACUAAGUGGUUCAAAUCUCCAAGAACUUUGCUCAAGAUUUGUGUCUAAAUGAUAAAUGAUGUCAUGUAACAUUCUAAUUGGAAUAACAUGAAUUUUGCUGAAAAUGUUGACCUGUAUCACAUACUGGAAUAUUUUAUGA